AUGAAAAACGCUGUAAUCAAUGCUGUUGCUCAACCCUGCGCAAGUCCCCCCUGCGGCGUCAUGCAAGACACCCAGGCAACCCGGGAGAUGCCGAACUCAGAGCCAAUGCAGAGGAAGUCCGUACUGUCGCAGUCUCAGCCCAGAGGGCUUCCCGGUCCAGUCCCGCAAAAGAAGUCUGUCUCUCUACUUGUGCCCCCAGAACAUGUUCGCUGUCGGCAGGAUUCGUCAUCCAAACGCCGGCAGGCAGGACCACCCGAUGACCGGUCACCUGACCUGACGGAAGGGGACGCGUCGAGAAGGUGCGUACCCCCGGUAGUCCCACGAAUUCAGGGGGGCGCGGGCGGUGAGGGAGGGCGCCGAAUGGAGAAACAGGACACCCAAACAGGCGGCGGGGACGCAGACUCCACUUGUUCGGAGCACCUGAAAACAACAGCCACCAACCACAUUAAGAUGCUCAAAAUAAAGCAGCAGGUGAUGGAAACUGUUAUGCGCAAGCUACUCCAGUCUCUGAAGGAACUCAAGACAAACGAAGAAUCCAAUGGAAGAACCUGUGAGACUGAGAGGGAGCGCAGGCUGAAGGUGACCCGAAUGAUGCAACUGCUAAUGCUGCAGCGCAAAAACCUGCAAAUGCAGACUGACACUCUGACAGCCAGCCUCUCGACCCUCAAGAAAAAACACGAGCUUCUACGCAAACACUCCGAAGGCUGCAUUGUUGAGAAUGUUGAACUGAGUCAGGCCUUGGGUCAGUUGAGGUGUGAGAUGGAAAAGAAGGAUACUCACAUCAAGGGACUGAUGCAGUUGAGUGAAAAGUUGCAGAAGCAACUUGAAGUCCAGGCGGGCGCCGAGAUCGCUCUGGAGAAUACCGAGUUUGAACUGAAACGUCUCAAGAUUGACAACGAAAAUCUCAGGCAGGCAAAUCAACAAUUAGAAUGCAUAUUUGCAGAAAAGGUGAAAGAACGUGAGACUACCUCGCUGAUGAAUGCUCAGCUGAUGCAGGAUUUGGAGCGCAGUCGAGCGGAACUGGCUAAUGUGAGGAUACGGUGCGAGAAGGUCACUGCGGAGAACCAAGCCCUGCGAAACCAACUGGCCAUUUCAGAAGCGGGUACAAAAGAUCUGUGUCUUCGCAAGGCCGAAAUGGAGCAGCUCCGAGAACAGUAUGAAAGCCUGCAAUUCAGUCACCAGCGUCUACAGGCUCUUUAUAUUUCGGAGACGGAGACCCGACGAGCCCUACACAACCAGCUGCAGGAGGUGAACGGAAACAUUCGUGUGAUCUGUCGGUUCCGUCCCUCCACUGACGAGGAGGACAGUGAAUCCCUUUUCGAGUUUUGUGCGAUGGACAAGGUAUUUGUGGCUGGUAGAGUACACCCCAGUACGAAGAACUACAAGCGGCAGCUGGGUCUGGAUCAGCCGAGUGUAUAUUCAGCUCGAGAUGAGUACUUUUCUUUUAAUCGCAUCUUUCAACAGAAUGCCACCCAAAUGGACAUAUUUCAGGAGAUACGACCCCUAAUCGCAUCCUGUGUAGAUGGGUACAACGUUUGCAUCCUAGCCUACGGCCCCACGGGCAGUGGAAAGACCUACUCUAUGCAAGGAACAAAAACUGAGCCUGGAAUAAGCACUCGAGCAGUGAGGGAACUGUUUGACCUCGUUGAACCACUCCAGGGCGUCUGGAAUACUGACAUUAGCGUAGCAAUGUUUGAGAUACACAAUGAGGUCAUCUACGACCUGCUGGGGCAACAAAUUCAUCCGGUGCGUCUGUCAGACAACGGUCUUGAUGUGCGUCUAAUUGAUUCGCAAGAAAAAAUCACAAGCUCUGAACAAGAGACUCUCUACUGGAUUGAGAAAGGCUACAUGCGUCGCAAGAUGACAGCGACCAAGCUGAAUGUAGAGUCCUCACGUUCACACCUAAUCAUUCGAAUGCAGCUGGGGUUAACAAGCACAAUUGAUGGACAAAAGAGGUCCUCCACCCUGGUCUUUUGUGAUCUGGCGGGAUCCGAGUCGGCAGAACGCAUCGAUGCUAGUGGAUCACUGCAUGUGGAGACGGGGUACAUUAACAAGUCCCUGGUAACCCUGGCGAGAGUACUGGAAACUCUCCGGAAGCGAACGAACCUGGGCACGACUGCGCAGUUUUCCAACCUCGCCGUGCCCUAUCGAGAUUCGAAGUUGACUCACCUGUUGAAACCCUGUCUGGGGGGUCAGGCCAAAUGCGUCCUCCUUGUGACCGCGUCGCCGGAAACCAGUCACUUGGACAGGACUAUUAAAGCCCUGGAAUUUGCUCAGCGCGCAAUGCAGGUCGCUCUGGGCAAACCAUCAAAGAACUUGCGCAUUCUGGAGACCCGCAACAGCGCCAAAACGUAG